AAAUCUCGUUUGUGAAGUCUAAUCUAUGAUGACCAUAAAUUCCGCAAAAAAAGAUUAGUGCAAGUGCAAAGCAUAAUAUUUUUAGAUGUAGAAAACAAGGGCGUCAUCCAAAAAUAAUAAUAAAUUGUUGGCCGUGCACAUAAAAGGUUAGAUUAGUCCGAUCUAAUAUGCAGAACAACCCCCAGGAGCUUUCAUGGCAGGCGAUUGAAGCAAUAGUGGGGGUUAAACUUCCUUCGAAUGUCCUGCGUUUCGAUGAUAUCGGAUUCCAUUUGGAAAACAAUAGAACAACAGUGUCGAGUGUUGAAGAUUCCGAUUCCGACGUAGAAAUUGUCGAAAAUGAAUGGGAAUCGGACAACAACGUAUCAUCACGGCCUGAGCAAUCUGAUAACGAGAAGGGUUCGCCUGAAAGAGAUCAAAGCGUGUCGCCCGUUCUACAUCUAGUAGAGCCUGAUAACAACAAUUCAGAUAAAGAUUCACUGGGUUACAAAGAUUAUAUCGAGAAAAUGGAUACCAAAGAUAUCAUAACCGAUAGAGACCAAAUCAUACCAUUAAAUGGAGAUGAUCCAGAUAGCUCCAAUGGGAAUGUUAUGUCAAUUGAAAACUACUUGGAAGUCACUCUAUCAACCGAUUCUGAUGCUAGUCAUGUGUGCAACCAGUGUAAUCAAAUGUUUUCCAAUGAACAGUUGCUUGCUUCACACCAAUGCAGUGCAAAGUCUAGUGAUGAAAGGAAGCAUCCAUGUCGAAUGUGCUCAGAAAAAUUCCCAAGUUACUGGGAGCUCCGAAAACAUAUGAAUAAUCAUUUCCCUGGGAUGUUAGAUUCUAAGUCUAGUUUUUGUCAUUUAUGUCAAAAAGAUUAUACUAAGACAGGUUUCAUGAAUCAUUUACGAAAACAUACUGGUGAGCGACCAUUUGUUUGUGAAUUGUGUCACAAAGCCUUCUCUCAAUCCAGCUCACUGUCCAUACAUAUGAAGUUUCACUUAAAUGUACGUAAGCAUGCAUGUACAGUCUGUGAAAAGAAGUUUGUCACAAAGAGUGAGUUAUCUCGUCAUAUGACAGUUCACACAAAACAGAAGUCUUACUACUGUGGGGUGUGUGACAAAGCCUUCACACGCUCUGACAAUAUGAAGAAACAUGAAAAAACGCAUGGAUAGAAUGAAUGAAAGAGCCAAGUAAUUGUUGUGUAUCAGUGAAUAUCAGCACUGCAUAUCGAAAAAGUUCAUGUGAAAUGUAUCAAAUUAGAAGCCUGCAUCUUGGACAAAUAAGAUCAUUGAGAUGGUCCCAAUUGUUGCCAAAUUAUUAUAAUAAUGUUGUGGUUGAUUCUUUUAUACUAGCUUGAUUGUCUGAUUCUCUCAUUGCCAAAUUUUAGUUGUAUGAUUUUUAGUUUAAAUGUUAUAUACCAAAUCCAAAACUAUCAUGAUCUAGUUCAUAAUUUAGUCAUUAUGGUGUGUUUAUGUGUUUGUGAGAGUGUUCAUACACUCGUGUGUGCUGCUGUAGUUGCUUUUGAAUUUAGGGAUUUUAUUUAUAAACUUUUAAUGCAUGUUUGAGAAUAGCAUUAGGAUACUAGUAAAAAGCCUUCACAGGUGCUCUUACGAUAAGAUCACACAUAUCUCCAAAGUUGCCUUUUAGAAAUGAUAAAAGUGAUAUUUAAUGUGGAUAUAGGUCAAACGUCCAAAGAUUCCGAUAGCCUUACUGUAAUAUUUACAUUAGAUAGAGAAAUAUUUUCUACUGAGGCCUUCUACAAAUAUGUAAUGUCACAAAUUUUAUCUUGUUCCUGCUUCUCUUGAGAGCUUUAAUAUUUUUGUAUAAUGUUACUCGAGGUACUAAAAUAAAUCCAGUUAUAACACUUUUGCCAAAUUUUUAGAUAAGUAUUUAAAGUGAUUUCGUAAUGUACUGUGCUGUAACCAAAGCAAUAAUAUUUUAUUAGAAAUGCCUAUUCUAUACUUCACAUAGACUAAAACUAUACCAAAUAAAGUAGUUAAUAAUAUUGAUAGGGAAUAGUAAUAAGUUCUUUGUAUUGCCUAUAGGCAAGUCAGAUGGUAUACAUGAUUUGUUAAAAAAUAUUUGGAUAUAAUAAAGAAGUAUCAACUUAGAAGAGCAGAAAUGCUUGGUGGUCAAUAAACAAGGUUAAUCACCACCCAAUUUGAUCAAUUUUAAUGUAAUUUUAGUAAUAAGUUUACAGUAAUAUGAUCUUCUUUUCCAACAUCACAAAUGAUUUUUUUUUUUCUAAAAUGAAAAGUUUACCUUACGACCAAUAAUAUAUUGAUUUCGAAAUUCCAAAGAUAUUUACAAUAAACUUAUACUAUGAAUGUUUUCUACACUUUCACUUGUGCCACAUUUUAUAAACUGUUUGUAAAUAAUUAUAUUGAUAAAAUAUAAAAUAUUGUUCUAGUGUUGAAUUUGUAAUAGACAAUAAUCAUAUUUUAAUAUAAUAUUUAUUGUAUUUAAUGAUCUAUAAAAUGUUUACACACAUGACUUGUUUGUAGAUUAAGUAUUUGAUAUUGAGCCAAAUGUGAAAAUUAUACACAAAAUCUACAAGACUGACAAUAAUAUUCAGAGUAGAUAUUAACUUUUGCACAAAAUAACAUAAGAUGCCUUUUAUUUAUUGACACAUUAAAAGGAAAUUUUUACUAUUUAAAUAAAUGCACCUUGUUAUAGACUCAUCAUGACAAUUAGAAUAAGUCCGUUUGCUAAAUUAUAAUAUUUUAGAGAAAAUGUAAUAAUUUUCAAUUUUAUUAAAGAGUUGUUUGUUGAA